AUGACGUCGGCCGCCUGCAAGAAGGCCUCACUAGGCAGGUCAGUCAUCACCUGCCGCAGGGAAUGGGUGCUUUCUCAAGGGUUUAGUGUUGGCCAAACCAUCCAGGUCCUAGCGAAGCCUCGGGAGAAGAUGAGAUUCAUAAUUUACUGCUUGGGAGGUUACUUCUGCAUGCAGGUAUGUCUCCAUGGUCUUGAACCUGUCUUCCGUAUCAGUUAUAUAAGACUCGAGACUUCCAUCAGAAGCCUCCGAAUCGAAUGGAGUAAAUCGUCAUUCCCAGCUUCCCGCGUAAUAAAGGUGAAAGGUGGGCAAACAGAGGAGGUGCUGGAAGAGGAUCAGAUACCUUGGGCAGGAGUGUUUGAUGGUGUUGGGGGAUGGGGACCGGAAGAUAGAGAUGAGAAGCCCAGGGAUGCGUAUUUGGUGCAAUUGACCCAAGACUUGUCUAAGAGGAACGUGAGCAGAUCUUGGUUGGAACUCAAGCUGAGCUGGACAGAUCACGGGGCCACGCUGAGGUGCUCUGCGGCCAGCCCAGCUCUGCAGGAUAGAGUCGUCUCCAACAGCUCAGUCUUCGAUGUUCACUUUCCCCCACGUCUUCACCUGGCUCUGGGACGGAUGCUUCAACCAGAUGGUAUUAAGGAAGAGAUGGAUGUGUAUUUCCAUUGUUCGGUCACUGCUAAUCCUAAGGUGUACAAGAUCACUUGGUACCAUAAUAACAAGGAGGUGCACCAGGACGCCUCUGGAGGGGUGCUGGUGUCUGACGACCACCUGGUGCUGCAGAAGAUCAAGCGACGCUGGAGUGGUACCUACGUCUGCAAGGCUUCCAACGUCGUGGGAGACUCCGCCUCCAACGCCCUCACCAUAACAGUGCAGUACGCUCCCAUCUGUGCCUCAGCAUCCACGGCUGUGUUUCGAGCAGCGCUGGGCGAGGAGAUUGUUCUUCCCUGCCGAGUGCUCUCUCACCCCAUCAAUGUCUCCUUCUCUUGGACCUUCAUGAACACCCUCACCGAGCACGAGAGGGUGCCAGGAGAUCGUGUAUCGUGGCAAGGGCUUGAGUCGCGUCUACGAUACCUGCCUGAGAAGACUCAAGAUUACGGGACGUUACACUGCUGGGCCUCAAACAGAGUGGGUCACCAGAAAGAACCUUGCGUCUUCACUAUCAAACCUGCUGGUGUACCAUCUCCUCCUCUGAACUGUACCGUGAGUAACCAGACGUGGGAGAGCGUGGAGGUGACGUGCGGCGAUCCUGGUGGUGCUCUGGCUCACCACCACCAACAGCAGCACCACCAGCAGCAGCACCACCAGCAGCAACACCACCGGACAGGUCACGGUUACGACUACACCAGGUCGGGUUACGACGAGCCUCCGGUACCCAGCAACCCGGCGGAACUACUGCAGGAUAAGGACAAGCCACGUUACCUCCUGACGGUGCAGGAGAGGCUUACUCGGGCCGUGGUACACAACGUUACAGGUGAGCGUGGUAUGUUCUCCGUGAGCGGCCUCACCCCUGGGCUAGACUACGUCAUCUCCGUGGUGAGAUACAACAGCCACGGUCGAUCCUCUAACGUCACGCUGGAGGCCUUCACGCUAAGGACUGCUGAAAACAGAAUGAGAGAGGAGGAUGAGGGAAGUGAGUCUGCGCUGCUCGGUGUGGUGCUGGGGGUGAUGGGCGUGGUGCUCCUGCUGGCUGCGGGUGCCAUAGCCAUCACUCUGCGCUCCAGAUCCCGCCCACGGUGCUCCACGCCCACGGAGACCACCCGCCUCCCGCCCGGAGAAGCCAGUGACUCGACGGGGCUGGAUCAUCCUGAUCUCCUGGAGGGGGAGACUCACGCCGUCACUGCCGCAGGUUACCGCAAGGCGGAGGUGACGCAGGCGCUCCUGUCUCCGUCAGUACGACCCGUGGACGAGGAGAUGAGUCUCAAACCCACCUCUGUCUCGCCCACUACCUCCCACCUGGACUAUCUACCUUGUGAGGGCUCCGACAACCUCUCCCCAAACGUGAGGAGCCAUCCACGCCUCUACGUCAGGGCGGAGGGUCUCGCGAGCCAGCAAGAGAGCUUCCUCUGAACAAGCUCGUCUUAGAUGUAAACAGGCCAAGAGAGAGAAGCAACUUGCUGGAAUACUUCGUUUGGAGGCUUCGCUCGUGGACUUCGCCGAAGAGACCUCGCUGGAGACUUCUCUCGAUCUCAAUAUUGCCAUGUAGUCUAGUAAUUUUUUUAACCUAGAGUGAGUGUAUUAAUUUGCUUAGUGAAGACGACUGCCCCGCGUCUUUCUUCUAACGGAGCUGAAAUAUUUUCUCCACAAUACCAGGUGAAGAAGGACUGUCUUACUCUAGUGCGAUUGAUGACAGUGAACUACGGCUUGAGCCCAGGUCAUCGUAAGUCCCCUUUAUCUUAAGUCUGGAUCAUCUUAAGUCCGGGGCAUGUUAACCCCGGGUCAUCUGGUCAACACUGCCUUACUGUGACAUGUGUCGCAGUGGUCAGCAAGUUAUAUUCAUUGGUGUUUUGGAAAAAAAGAAAGAAACAUUUUGGAGGGGAGAUAAUUUAUUUUUGUCAGAACUCUAGGCUUUAAGAAUCUCCAUCGUCAGGCCAUUUCCCUUACCUAGGGAGACGGAAAGGAUUCUAUUUUUUUUUUUUUACUCAAAGAGUCCAAUGGACUUUUUAUUCUGUCCGGUGGUCUUUUUCUCCUUCUGUAUUUUAGCCAAUACGCAGUCAUAAAGAAUGCAGUUUGAGUCCUUUCACAGACCAUUAAAGUGUAAAAUAAGCAAAGACCUUUUAUCAGCAUAAUUGCAAGACCAAAGUACCCGUGAUUCCAUUACUCUUCUACAUUACUGUAGAAUUACAAAUGAGUUUCCUCGAACAUUUUUUUCUAAGAGAACUGCGAGUAUAAAGGCAAGUUAGUGUGUUGACUUGUGUCAUCUUAACAGUGUUGAGUUGUGGCAACGUAACAGUGUGAUUCGAGGCAACUUAAAGUGAGGACAAAAAGCAACAAACAGAGGAGCAGAACACUAACAUAUUAGUACUCAUCAGAAAUUUAUCCUGUAGUAAUGAUAAUAAUGAUCAUGAUGAAAAUAGUUUUGCUGUUUUAAAACAUAAUAAUGAUUCCCAGGUCAGUGAUAUGAUGUAAAACAGGUAUCCACUGCACGACUCAAUGAGCAACUUUGCGUAGCUCACUGAGACACUCUUAACAACUCAAUGAAAAGCUGUUGAAGACCUGGAACCUCUCUUCUAACAACUGCAAAGGGCUCUGCGAUGGUAAAAUACCUAAAACAAUGAAAGGUAUAUUGAAAUACGAGGAAAAUAACUUGUUAGACUUCCAUUUAUUUUUUAACUUCCAGAUUGUAAAUUAAUGUUCUUUGUUGAAGACUUUACUUGAUUGAUAAAUAAGUAAGAGUUAACUCGAAAUAUGACCUAGAAAACGUUUAUAUCAGACGUAUGUGAGGAUCUGCUCUGUCAAAGUUUUUUGAGAGGGCGAAAACUUUAUACAUAGUGUAAAAAAAAGCCUAUUAUUCAUGUACAUCGUUAAUGGAGCAGCAGAUGUCUUUUUUUCUCUCUCUUGCUUUUGUUGUGGCUAUUUCCAUGUGCAACCAUAUUUCAUAUUUUUACAAUGGACGAGAAGUGAUUGAAAUUUGUAGGUCAACCCCUCAUUUGUCCCCGUGUGUGUGUGUGUGUGUGUGUGUGUGUGCGUGUGUGUGUGUGUGUGUGUGUGUGUGU